CUGUGUGGAUAACAGUUCAGUGAUAGCAGCACUCGGCUCAGGUAUCCUGCCUGUGCAUUGUUUUUUUUUGUUGUUCAGAUGGCGUGUAGAGGAUGUUGGGGCAAUGAGAUUUUAUUAUCUUUAGUACUAUUUUUGAUUGUACUUUCAUUUUGCCAUGGCACAAGACUUACAAAGCGUAAGGCAUUGGAUAAAGCAAGAGGUAAUUCAAAAGUUAGCCAUGGUGAAAAUGAACCGAGUGAAUUGCAUCCUGGAGAACUCUUGAUUGGGCAGAAUCCUCUUCAAGGUGCUGGAGUCAAAAGUGCUGAGGACUCUGAGAACCUACUGGAAAUUGGUACAGGUUACCAGGCAGACAUGGGUUGGGGGGAGUCCAAGCAACCUGAUGGGCGUGAUCAUGACUUGUCAAGACAGAGGCGAGACUAUGCAGCAGUGAAACAUCUCCUUCAAAUGGAUCCCAAGGUUGAAUGCACUGGAAACUCUAUGAAGCUUCAAGUUCAAGAUGCUGCUUCCACCCCUGGAUCUCUGUUGUUUGUUGACAGGGGAAGUCGCCUUUCUCCUCUGCCACUGUCCCACUUGCCCGCAAGCUGUGGUUACUCCAUCAGGUCAACACCAAGAGAUUUGGUCUUGGUUGCACCAUAUGAUGGCUGCUUUGUAGCGCUGGAGGAGGACACGUACGUACUCCCACUGCGCUGGGGGGGUUUACCAGUAAAGAUGUCGUGCCCUUUGAUGAAGCAGUCUUCACCCAACCCUCCAAUCGUCACCUGCCAUGCUGAGGGCAUGGUAGUGAAAAUGGACUCGACUACUUCUGUUGCAGAUAUAAAAGUGAAGUUGACAGGUGACUGGGAGCCUUUGAUGACUGCCUCGCCGAGAUGUGGGUUCAGCAUUGUUGCUCAUCCUGAAGGCGUGGUCAUCUCUGUUCACUAUGCACCCUGCCUGAAGAAAAAGGAUGGCAUGUAUACACUGGAACUGGCUGGAGAUGGAGAUGCUAAAAUAUCCUGUCCAUCAAUGUCACCAGCUGAAACCACUAAGAAUCCUGUAAAUUACCCAACCCAACAAACUGGAGCACCAACCCCAGCUUUUGAGCCACCACAGACUGAAGCCCCUCAGACACCAGCUGAAACACCUACUGCUGGUCCAAAGCUUGAGGCCCCUCAAGGUCAAAAAUACCAUCCAUUUUACCACUACUUGUACCCUCAGCCAGAAUAUGACAAUAAACCAGCUACAAAGCCCCAAAGACCACCACAGCCUCAGGACCAAGUACACCAGAUAUUCCACACUCAACCAGAGUCUGAAAAAACAACUGCCCCCAAACCUUCACAGCCUGAAGUAUAUCAGCCAUUCAACCCCUACUAUCAACUAAUGUCCACUGUUCCACCAAAACCACAAAAGCCAGAAGUUCCUUGGGACCAAGUGCACCAGCCAUUUUCCCUCAAUGCACCUCCUGUGCAGCCACAGCCUGAAGACCCUCAGGAACAUGUGCUCCAUCCAGUUUACUACCCCUUUGACUCGCAACCUGAAAAUGAACCCUCUGCACCCCUUGAACCACCAAAGCCUCAAGUUUCUCAGGGCCAAGUACAACAGGUGUUUCCCUGGAAGCCAGCUGAGAGACCAACUGCAGCUCCUGUGCAGCCACAGCGUGAAGACCCUCGGGGACGAAUGCUCCAUCCAGUUUACUGCCCCCUUCAGUCAAACCCUGAAAAUAAACCAGCAACAAAACCCACUGCACCCCAAGAACCACCAAAGCCUGAAGUUGAUCAGGAUCAAGUGCACCAGUCUUUUUUCCUUGAAGCACCAUUUUACAACUACCCUCAACCAGAACCCACUGCACCCCAAGAACCACCAAAGCCUGAAGUUCCUCAGGGCCAAGUGUACCAGCAGUUUCCCAUGCCACCAGCUGAGAGACCAACUGCAGCUCCUGCACAGCCACAGUCUGAAGACCCUCAGGGACAAAUGCUCCUUCCAUUCUACUACAAUACACCUAAACCAGCAACAAAUCCUACAGUUAGUCAUGGUCAAGUUUACCAACCAUUUUCCCCCAAACCAGCUGGGAGGCCAACUGCAGCUCCUCCACAGCCACAGCCUGAAGACCCUCAGAGCCCUGUGUACUGCCCUAAAUCUUGCCCAUCUGGAUUAUCUAAUUGUUGUGUACAAAUUGCUUUUCAUCAACAUCUGCAUCACAUUGUACCUGCAAAGGAGACGGGUCAAGUCUAUACAGGUCUGCCAUUCCUGCCUUCAGGGGUUUAUUCUGGGUUUGACCAAGGUUUGGGGUUUCCUCCUCUUCCUCAAAUGCCAACCACAACUUCCACCUCUGCACCUGUCCACUCUCCGCCCAUUCCUUGUAAAAAUAGGAAGCAGCCACCAGAUUCCAACCCUGAUGCCAUGAGUGGUAGUAAUCCUAGCAACCCUACAUAUCAACAACCAAGUUACCCUUAUGUUGUACCUAACCCAAUGCCUCAGUGGCCAAAUGAAUAUCUACAGACAUUACCAGGACACUACAGUGGGUCCUCUCAACCACAAAUUCAAAGUAAUCAAGUGCAACAUGGCCAACCUUCAGCUGAGGAGCAAAACAAACCAUUGCAAUCCAACAGCAACUCCAUGGACUCUGAAGAGCUCAGACAUAAUCAAGCCCAGCAUGAGCCUUAUAAUUAUCUGGUCCCUCACUACCUGCAAUAAGGUGCUCAGGCACCUAACCAAGGGAUCCUUAACCCUGCCUCACAACCUUUUGUCAGUGGCUCAAGGAAUCUGAACAAAAGAGUGAUGUGCUUCUCCAACAUGGUCCACCAGGAAGGUAGACAACUGGCUACAAUGGACCACCCCUGCCUGUCAGAGACUUCUUUCAUGGUUCAAACCUCCUCGCACAAAAUCUUGCAAGGCAUAAAAAUAAAAUACAUCUUAAAAAUGCAAAGCCCCCACAGGAGAAACUCCAAUUCCCCAAAUGGAUGGGGAGAGUACAGUCUAAUCCCUUACCCUGGAAUACAGACUACAUGCAAAGACCUGGUGAUGGCUCAAGCUUGUUGCAUCACUUCGCUGCACCGGUUGGCCCUCAUUUUUUUGCCUUUGCCCCAGGAUCCCUCUUUCAGCUCAGAAAAUUCUAAGCCAAAACUCCCAGACUUCUGGACCCCCACGGCACUACUUGACUCAAGCAAAAUAAUUCCACCUCCGAUUCCUGCCAAGGUAUUUCAACCAUGGAGCUCUGCAGUUAACCACCCAGCAAAUGGACUUCACCAACCCAUUCAGGGAGAAGGUGAAAAUUGAAAGCAGAAAUGAGUUGCCCUCAAUAAAUGAUUGAAGCAUA